UACUGUUUCCAACCCCGCCUGUUCUGUAGAAUCACAUCUGCUGAGAAAUAAAGGACUUUAAAACCAAGCUUUGACGAAAUACAGACGAAGAUUAUAUAUUUACAGUUGAAGAGUAAAUUAUUCGAAGUUCAUUUUAAAGUAAUAAUACUGUGAAAACACACCUCUACGGACACAAUAAUAUUGUUUUGUGUCAUCUAUUUUGUCAUUGUUUAUAGUACUUAAUUUCCAGUGGACAAAAAUACGUUCCCAUAUUGAACGCGCUGUUGUUGAUGCUGUGAAGAAUAUCCGUUUCUACUCACGACUGUUGUUUGUCUGGAGAGGUCAUGGGUAUCGGCGACCCUCUCGAGAUCUCAGGUAGUGAGUUAGUUCAUAUUUUGCGGACUCCCUCUGAGCUCUUCGCGUCUGGGGGAUGCAUCGUGUUGGAUUGUCGGCCUUUCCUUGCCUUCUCCCGAACGCACAUCCUCGAGUCCCGCAACGUCAACUGGAAUUCCAUGCUGAGACGGAGAUCCAAGAGCUCCGUGGUGUCUCUGGAGUGGUUGGUGGCCGACAAGGCGCUCCUGGCCCAGCUGCGGAACGGGGACUUCUCUCCGGUGGUGGUCCUGGAUGAAAACAGUCGGUCAGUCAGGGAUUUGAAGAGCGAGAGUCUGGCCAGUCUCCUCAUCAGUGCCCUUCAGUUAGAGGUCCAGUCUGCCUCGACGCAUAUCUGCUUCUUACAAGGUGGAUUUGACGGGUUCUUUGCACUUUAUCCAGAGCUCUGCUUUAGCACUCCUGUCAUGUGCUCAAAUUAUCCUUCUCUCAAUGAACCAGAGCCCGUUGUGUCCGGAAGAAAGACUCCUCUCUAUGAUCAGGGUGGUCCAGUUGAAAUCCUCCCCUUCCUUUUCCUGGGCAGUGCCCAUCACUCAUCCAGACGAGAGACUCUGGAGAGAUGUGGGAUCACAGCUGUGCUCAACGUAUCCUCUUCCUGUCCGAACCUGUUUGAGGAGGAACUUCAGUACAAAACUCUGAAGGUGGAGGACAGUCUGGCCGCAGACAUACGCGUGCUCUUUCCAGAGGCCAUCCACUUUAUUGAUUCGAUAAAAGAGAGUGGCGGGCGAGUGCUGGUCCACUGUCAAGCAGGAAUCUCCCGGUCAGCCACCAUCUGCCUGGCGUACCUCAUACACGCUCGACGUGUCCGUCUGGACGAGGCCUUUGACUUUGUAAAACCGCGACAAGUCAUCUCACCCAAUCUAGCUUUCAUGGGCCAACUUCUGCAGUUCGAGACGGAUGUUUUGUGUCCCUAUUCUGUGCUAGACAGAGAAAACAGUGGCACUGCGUUUUAGUAUCAGCGUACGGACAGUAUCAGUCAAGAAGUCUUGAACUGGCCCCACUAACUUUCAGAUAUACUGGUUGCAGCUUUGACCUCAAAGACAAAUCUACAAAGGUGCUUAAAGGAAGUUUUUGUUUGAUGCUAUGGGUGUACAAACUGACAGACUCUUAAUAAGGAGAUCAACCACCCUUUAAACUAACACCAUGGCAAUAACUCAACUUGUUUGGGUAAAGCUGUAGACGGCAUCAACUGACUACCUGUUCUUGAUUGUUUAUGGCAAUACAAACUAUAAAUAGUUGACGUUUCCGAAUGGCAGUGGUGUCGCUGACACACCGCUACACCCAAUAGCCCUCAUGGAAAAUUAAUAGUCACAUGUCAUUGUGACACUGUGCACUUGACUACUAUUGUAAUCUUAUAACAUCAAACCCAAGAUAACUUGUAUCUGAGAUAUUGAUAAAACAGACGAACAACUUCUGUCCUGCCAAUCCUCUAAGAGUAAUAUAGUCUGCUACAGCAUUUUCAUUUGGCCUUCAGCAAAAGUAUAUGUUUAGGAUGUAUGUCUGCAGAUCAUCUGAAAUGAUGUUGCAUCAGUCAAUGUUCCAUUUGACUGCAGUGACUGAUGCUGUGACCAUAUAUGGCUGUGAUGUGUGGUUAGUCUUCUGUGUGGUAAAUGUCAAGUUUUUCCAUGAAGUUAGUCUAAUUGUCAGUCUCAGACAAGUUUUAAAGGGCAAAGACCUGACAAACUGUGAUCUUAGGUCAUUUUAAAAUUAAGUUAAAUUGUGUUGCGAUAGAUAAAGGCACUAAAGCCACUUGCUAAAGUAUUUUAUUUUUUUAUGAAGUGUUAUUUCCUGUUUUUGUGAAUAUUUAUUUAUCUAUUUUCAUUCAAGCGAUGCACUUUAUAUUUGUUUUGUUAAGAUCUUUUGUAAGCUAUGUGGUUCACUCAUUUUAAUAUGUAAAUAAAAUGAUGGAUUCAUUUGUUUAAUGCA